AUGAUACAAGCCUGUCGUGAAAAUAGAUACAAUGGGCGUACAUUAGUGAAAGUGGGCGCUAUCAACUUCUCCAUCGACAGAAAGAAUGGACUCAUCUAUUGCGACAUUCCAAAAGUCGCUAGUACAUUCUGGAAACGGGUGUUACAGAUAGUUUCCGGUAAACGACAGAAAAAUGACGUGUUCGACAUCCCAGCGUGGGCAGCGCACGCCGGCCUUCUGGAAACCUUCCAGAAUAAAGGCUUUGAUGAAAUCCACGAGCUUUUAUCUAUCUCAACUAAAUUUAUGUUCGUACGUGAGCCUUAUUCAAGAUUGUUUUCUGGAUACAUUGACAAAAUCUUUACUCCUAGGCCCGCAUACAUGGGUACGCGGAUCAAGAUAAAAAAUUUUGGGAUGCGUGGCAACGAGACAAAAGUCACCCCAGACUGUGCACUCGAUAUUACCUUUACAGAUUUUGUCGUGUACGUGGUUGGUACUUUGGAAGAAAACACAGACAGAAAUGCACACUUUGUUCCCAUGUAUGAUAUGUGUCGUCCGUGUGAGGUGCAGUUCGACAUCAUCGGUAAGAUGGAAACUUUUAACGAAGACGCUACGUACAUUUUCAAGAAGAAAGGAUUUCCGGCUUCGAUUCAGCUGGACGAUCAAAGGAACGACCUUGAUUCUAUCACUGAUAUCGUAGACAGCACGUUCGCCGAAAAAGAAGGUAUGGAGAAAUGCCUACCGUUUGGUAAAGCUCUGGAGUAUGUGUGGAAGAAGGCGGUGAUUCGAGGUAUCCUCAGCAAAGAGGAAAGUAUGCCCAAACGUUUCAUAGACCAAUCAAACUUCACACGAGAGGACUUCAAGAAAGCCAUGAUGGACGCUUACCAUCGUUCGAGCAAAAAUCCGGAUCGGGUAAACAACCGAAAAGAGGCACUUGUAGAAGCCAUGCGAAGUGUACCCAAGGACGUCCUGCAGAAAUACCAGAAACUGUUCCGACCUGAUUUUGAAAUAUUUGGCUAUGACAUGGAAGAGCCGCAAAUAUUCCAGGUUCCUCCGCCAAAACCUUUCUAUUUUGUUUAG